CACAACAUUAUCUCCGACACAAGCAAAAGUUUCACUGAUUCCCUCAGCCUUAGUACUUCUCCCAACAUCAUGAAGCAAGAAAAGGUAAUGUUGGCACACAUUCUUGCUGCCUCCUUUGUUGGACUAGUCGCUGCAGCUGCCACACAUUAUCGCCGGCGAAAGUCAAAACCUGGAAGAGAUCAAUCUAUCAUUCCACUCUUGGAGAGAAAAGAAUCAGGCCGUGUUGCAAAUCUUGAAAGAUUUUCUUAUUAUGUUGUUAGGCAAAUGGGUUUUCAAGAUCCAAGUGAGUGUCCAAGGAUUUGCAAGUUGGCUUCUGAUUAUCUGAAGAAAUCCAAAGGCUGUGAAGAUGAUAUAUAUGAGUAUUUUGCUAAUGAACCAGAGGGUGAGUCUCUGUUUAUGAAGCUGAUUGAAGAGUUUGAGAGGUGUAUCCUCACCUAUUUUGCAUUUCAUUGGACUCAAGCUUCUCACUUGAUAAGUCAGGUUUUGAGUGUUGAAUCAGAGAAGAAGAAAACCAUGCUUAAAGACCUUGUUUUGACAGCUACAAGGAAGCUGAGGUUUGAGAGGGUGACAAAGGAUUUGAAGAUGACAAGGAUGUUCUCUACCUUAGUGGAGGAGAUGAAAGCAAUCGGUAAGGGUGACACGCAGUGUACAGACGUGAUGGUGCCAGUGGCGCACAGUGAGAGGAGCCCUGUGCUGCUACUCAUGGGUGGUGGUAUGGGUGCUGGCAAGAGCACUGUCCUCAAAGACAUCCUCAAAGAAUCAUUCUGGUCAGGUGCAGCGGCCAACGCAGUAGUAGUUGAAGCAGAUGCAUUCAAAGAAUCUGAUGUUAUCUACAGAGCCCUUAGCUCUAAUCAUGGAGACAUGCUUCAAACUGCUGAACUGGUGCACCAAUCAUCAACUGAUGCUGCAUCAUCACUCCUAGUAACAUCCCUGAACGAAGGACGGGAUGUGAUUAUGGACGGCACACUAUCGUGGGAACCAUUUGUUAAGCAAACAAUUGAAAUGGCAAGAAAUGUUCACAAAUGCCGUUACCGGAUGGGGGUUGGCUACAAAGUGGCUGAGGAUGGCACCAUUACAGAAAAUUACUGGGAGCAGGUUGAAGAAGAUGAUCAGCAACUCAAAGAAAAUGGAAAACUGCCAAUGCGAAAACCAUACAGAAUAGAGUUGGUUGGUGUGGUCUGUGAUGCUUAUCUAGCUGUUGUUAGAGGCAUCAGGCGAGCAAUAAUAACCAGAAGGGCAGUGAGGGUGAAUUCACAGUUGAAAUCCCACAAGAGGUUUGCCAAUGCCUUUCCAAAGUACUGUCAACUUGUCGACAACGCCAGGCUCUACUGCACCAGCUCUGUAGGCAGCCCCCCUAAGUUGAUAGCGUGGAAAGAUGGAGACAGCAAGCUGUUGGUGGAACCAGAAGAAAUUGCUUGUUUAUCUACAGUGAGCAGUGUCAACACUACGGCUGAUUCAAUAUACGAGCUAUACCCGGGACCAAGUCCAAUUGACAAGCCUGGCUCAGCAUGGCACGACAACAUCUUGUCCCCUUCAAGAUCAAGCAUUCAACUCGAGCUCAAGAAGUGCAUUAAACAGAUUGAAAACCCAAAAGCCUUUAAGGAUCCAGAAGUUUUCACAAAGUGAUUCUGAUGAAGGCCUUGAAUUUGUAUUGUCAGCUAAUUACAUAUACUGCUGCAAAAGUUGAUUGAACGAUUGCUUGUGUAAGGCCAUGAAUGAAAAUGUUCAUUUGCAGAAA